AUGACCAUCGCAGAGGAUGGCACUUUCACCUGCAAGAGUGGCCAGGUCACGGACGGCUUGGUGCGCCUACUGUCUGCAUCUGAGCGGAAGAUCAAUCUGAAGAGGACCUGUUGGGAUGCGAAUGAUCACAUUUUCGUGCUGGAUGAGUCCGGCACGCAGAUGACCGGGCGUUGUCCGCAAAGCGGAUCAACGUACACCCUCACGAAGCAGUGA